CUAGGAUUUCCAAAGUCCAAACCCCUAGCAUAGACUUUCCAUUCAAAUAAGUAUGAGCCUAGCUUUCUAACUUUGCAUGCAUAGCAAAUGGGAAACUCAUGGGCAUGUUUCAGUCCCAAGGGGGUAACCUUCACAAAAAAACCCUCAAAACGUUUACUAAACUCUUCUUCAACCAAAAGGACUAAGAAAAAGAAUGAGAAGCUUGAGUUUGAUGAUGCUCUCAUUCACCAACAGGGUCUUGCUGCAGCUUUCCUCUUCCACCAGCAUCAGCUGAACGGUUCUCUACCCGUUAACCUUAACAGGUCCACUUCUGUGGUGUACCCAUCUACAGCUGCUCCUAAAAAGCUUCCAAAGAGUUCAAGUUCUAGGCAGAGGUCACGUACUGAUCAUUCUCUCAUUCAGCCUCUUCAGCUUGUUAACAAGGAUCUAAAUAUUGAUGGCAUGGAAACCUCACAUUUUGUUCUUGUUCACGGAGGUGGCUUUGGUGCUUGGUGUUGGUAUAAAACAACCUCAUUAUUGGAAGAAAGUGGAUAUAGAGUUGAUGCAGUUGACUUAGCAGGUUCUGGAAUUCAUACAUUUGAUACAAACAGCAUUACGAGUCUUGCACAAUACGUAAAGCCACUUACUGAUAUCCUAGAGAAACUUGGAGAUGGAGAAAAGGUGAUUUUGGCAGGACAUGAUUUUGGUGGUGCUUGUAUUUCAUAUGUAAUGGAGUUGUUUCCAUCUAAAAUCUCAAAAGCAAUUUUUAUAGCUGCAGCAAUGUUGAGUAGUGGGCAGAGUUCCCUUGAUAUGUUUUCCCAACAGACAGGUUCAAAUGAUCUGAUGCAACAAGCUCAGAAAUUUUUGUACACAAAUGGGAAAGAUCAGCCCCCAACUGCUAUAGAUCUUGACAAAGAAUUGGUGAAAGACUUCUUGUUCAAUCAAAGUCCUGCUAAGGAUGUUGCAUUGUCAUUAGUUUCGAUGAGGCCAAUACCUUUUGGGCCAGUUAUAGAGAAACUCUCACUUUCUGAUGUGAAUUAUGGUUCUGUCCGGCGAUUCUUUAUUGGAACUCAUAAAGAUUGUGCCAUACCAGUUGCUCUACAAGAGAACAUGAUAAAUACAAAUCCCCCAGAACAGGUUUUUUGGCUAAAAGGUUCUGAUUAUGCACCUUUCUUCUCAAGGCCUCAGUCCCUGCACAAAAUUCUAGUAGAGAUAUCACAAAUUCCACCAAAGCAGGUCUGAAUCCUAUUGCACCAAAGCCUGGUGUGGUAAAUAUCUAGCACUGUGUGACCUGCAUAUACUAACUCUAAUGCAUUAAAGUAACAAAAAUUAUGAUUAAACAAACAACCAAAUUAUUACACCACAUAAUAACUAAUUUCUAAUUUACUCUAUAGUCUAAAUUCUUCAUCCCCUUAAUUUUGUAUUACAUCAUUAAUUUAAUAAAAACCUCUCUAUGUCAUCGCAAUAUUACUUAAUGUUAUUACUUUAAAAUAUUUUGAAUAUUCUAUAUAAUUUUCUCACAUACGAGCUUACAGCAUUAUCAGUGCAUUGUGAGGGCCCAUUACAAGUUUAAUUAGUAGAUGAGAAUGAAAAAUAACAUUAAAGUAUAUAUUUAUAUGUAACUUAGAUUGUAACAUGUUAGGUUCUAAAUAUUUAGAAAUAAAUGUUUAGGUUCUAAUUUUAUGUAUGUGGGCAAACCGAGUAUUAAAACAUGUCUAGUUUUAGAUUUUUAAGUCUUAGAACAGUAUUAGACAUUGCUCAAGAUGGUUCAAGUCAAAAUUCAAGAAUAGUCAAGUUGCAAAAAGAAAAAUUUAGAAUCUGCAAGGCUUGACCGAUCGAACAUUGAUUUCUACAGAAUUAAAACCAAGCCCGAAAGCUCGCGAAACAUUUAGAAUUUGUGUCCAACACUACUAAGGUAUAAAAGGAAAACCUUAAAUUACGUUUUAGAAGCCCUAAGUAGACUCUUUAGUUACUCCUCUAAGAUUUGUGAGGUUUUGUAACCUUCAAACUUAACAAACAUCUACCGAAAAAGAAGAUCUGUAUACAAGAACCAGUGGAUAUAAGUUGUUGCACACAAGAUCAACUACUGCUGAUGAUCUAAAGCUUUGAGUGUGAUCUCAGAGUCACAAACGGGGGUGUUUGUGUGCAACAAAUUCAUAUAAAAGAGUCCAUGUAUUCAAAAUUGCGUGUGGUCACAUGAGUAAGUACUACAAGAGGUAGCUUAAGAUUUAGGGAAAAAUCUGUUGUAAAACUUCCAUUCUAUAUAGUGAAAUUGUUGCCUAGAUAGUUUAGAUUAAAUCCUCCUCAAAUUUUUUAUCUUGAAACUGGACGGUUUCAUUGAUUUUCCUGGAUCAUCAUAUCGAGCAUCUUCUUUACUUUUCCGCACCUUAGUGAUAUGAUUGUUUGUAUUUAACUUAGAUCUGAAUAAUAAACUUAAGUAACAACUUGGUUAAUUAAUUAUGUUAAACAAUCUGAGAGUACAGGGGUUUAAAUAAUCCAACAUAGCAUAUGCAUCUUCUCUCCACUAUCUAUGUAACAAAGUUAGUUAUGUAGGUACAGCUCUUAAUUGAAUUCAAACUAACAAAUGGUUGUACCGUGUAUUCAAUUUAAUUGUCUCAUAGUGUACUGUAUUGACCAAUGCUAAUAUACAUGACACCACCUUGUACUUAAGUAUUAGAGUUUGUAAGUGUCCUAUUUAGGAGCCAAAUGGCCAAAUACCACUGUUGGCCGAAAUAUGUAGCGAUCUACUACUAUUUUGGAACUAAUUGGCAAUCUAACAUUUUUUUGGAACUCGAGUUUGGCACAUUACUUGAAUUCCAGGAACUUGAGUUCCAUUAAAAAUUUCCACUGUGGCAGUGGCUAAGCUGGACUUUUUUAAAUUAAAAAUGUCACCUCGAACUCAAGCUUGUGGAGCUCGAGUUCCUUCUAGACUUGUACUCAACUGAUGAAGUGCUUGAUAUGAGCAGAAUUCUAACAAAUUCCUUGCAUAAGUCAGACGUUCCUUGGCGCUCUCUGGUAGCUCUGUGUUGAAUCGAUGCUGUAGUUCUUCAGUGGCAAGAGUCUCAAAUCUCAAUCAUUGUCUAAACCAAAAUUUUCGAGCUCAAAAAAUCAUAAAGUCUGAGCAACUUAAAAAAAAUAAAAAUAAAAAAAAAA